GCAAACUCACUUUCUACCUCCACCUGCCUUUCAAACAUUCAGAACUGCAUGUGAAGAAGACAUCUUGAGCCUAGGUAGUGGGCCUUCUGAAGAACUGAAGCCAUCAUGCCUUGAGAGCAACGAACAUAUGGACAGUGAUGAUGGACAGAUGGAGCAUGAAUGUAUCAAUCCACUUCAUUCAGAAGAAAAUUCAGAUGUUCUUGUGACAAAAAGCGUCUCAGAAGGUAAUGUGGUUGCACCACCAGAACCAAAGCAGAAGGAAGACAAAGAUGAUUUUCAAGAGCCUGAAGUUGGGCACAAAAGCAAAAUGGAGACUAAAACUUCCAAAAGACAUGUUGGUUUUCUUUUGUUCUCUGUUGUGUCCUUUUUUCUUUAUCCUUUUGCACCUUUCCUCUCUUGCACAUUCAGUCAAGCAGGCUGCAGGGAAAGACUCCACGAGAUUGUGUGUUGUACUGCUUGUGGUCAUCAAGUGAACCAUUAUGAGGAUUCAGUAUAUAGACAUCCUGCAACGAAUGUUCUUAUUUGUGAGAGCUGCUACAUAUAUACGAGUGAUGACAUAAGCCAUGAUUCUACUAGACCUCAUAAGAAUUGCAGAUGGUGUGCAGAAGGUGAAGAUUUAAUUUUUUGUGAUUUCUGCCAUAAUGCUUUUUGUAAAAAAUGCAUUCGCCGCAAUCUAGGGAAAAAGGAGCUGUCAAAAGCAAUGGAUAAAAACAUUAAGUGGAGUUGUUACAUUUGUCAGCUGGAGGAUUUAUUGGAUUUGGUUGCCAUAUGCGACUGUUUAUUUGAGAAUUCAGCACACUUAGAACAGCAGUCUAAAAAGAAAAAGUUAGUAAGUGAAAAGAGUGAUAACACAUGUGACCAUUCAGAGGAAUUAAAACAUGGAAGUUGCACUGAAGAGACACAUCAGGUGUAUAAUCCUUCCUCUGAUACGGCAUUAAGCCCUUUCCCCACAUUACUGAUUCCAGAAGCCUUGAUUGAGAAGGCAAAAGCAUUGGCUGAGAAAGUGAGAGAAACGAGCGCUACUUUUCUGAAACAUUCCCAGCAAAUAUCCCCUUAUUCAGAAGUUAGCCCAAGUGAGAGUUACUGUCAGUAUGAAAUUUUGAAAUAUAUGAUAAUGGAGGUAUGUGAUGCUCUGGAGGCCUUGGUAGAUUUCCUGAAUGAUGAAAUAAUUCAAUUGGUUAUUAGACAGUUGGAGGAAAAUAAUAAAGAAAGAGAAAAUGAGAAUGUUUAAAAAAAAUUAAAACUCUUAAGAUUUCUUUGUUAGGACUGGGUAAGAAAUAUUUCCUUGUUCAUAGCUACAAUGUGAGGGCACCCGCUCCGUCCAACCAGAUUUGUUAUGUUUGGGUACGUGACCCUCUGUUUGCUUUCUGUAUGCCUCCUCUUGUUAACUGCCAGUCUGCCCUGGUGGGGGGAGAUGCGCAGUUCUCCUGAGAUGUGAUCAAAUAAAGGCUUCUGUUUUCUACUUUGAAA